AUGGUCGUCCUGCUAUUGAUUACAGUGCUUUCUGCGCUGCCUGCUUUCGGAGCUGUUAUCGCUCGUCACGAAAGCUACGCUGAGAUGUUGUCUACUGUUCUCUACACAAAGAACAUGACUGUAUCCAGAUAUCCUCAGACUUACAACCCCACAGUUACCUCUCAACUUCUGGCUUCAAGUAAUUCAACAAAGACUAUAUAUGUCACAGAGACUGUCGCGAUUGCUCUUCCAUCUAGCAGAAUUGAAAGCAACGCCCCUUACGACUUUCCAAACGCAACGUCCAUAAUAAUAUGUGCUGCGUAUAGUACCGGCAUGCGCAAACCUUCUCCUUCUUCAUCAGGCCAUGCUUGUCCUGCUCCGACGCCUCAUCCUCCAACAACAGCUCCAUGGAAUGAUUUAUGGUCAAUUCACUGGCCUGAGUCGCGUAUUUCGAACAGCAGCGCUGCUGUGACAUUCACGCAGAAACCUGCAAGUAAUUCGAGCGUCACUUCGUCGUCUACAAGCGCAGCACCCGUGACACCGAUCGUGACAGCUCGUCCUGAUCAGCCAGUAAAGCACUCUUCUACAACCGUUCAAGUCAUUCUCAUCAUCACAAUGACGACACCAAUACCUUUACAAGCUCCUGUAGCGCCAGUACAAAGCAUUCACGGAGCAAGCAGUGACCUGAAAUUCGGCAGCACGGAUGCUGAUAUGCUUGAUCCGGUAUAUUUCGGCCCAACAGACACACAAACCUCCACUAUCCACAUCACCAUUACAGCCAGCAUACCGCCACCGAAACCACGCACGUCUCCUCUGGAACAAUCUGCAGUCACGUCAGAGGUUACAUCGAGUUUGGUCAAGACCGUCAGGCUGCCUUCGCCCACACCGCAGUCGAGCCAAACUAUAGAGCCCUCGCAGACGCCGGAGCCCUCGAGCGCACCGGAGUCGAGCUUGAAUGCCGUGCACACCACGAUACUUUCUGCGGAUCCACGCUGUCCAUAUCCGUUUCCCGGCGUGUACUGCGGCAAGCCCAAGACGACGCUGGUCAGCGAGACUAGGCGCGAGACGGUGUCUGCAACCCAUGCGACGGCUUCUAUGGGUGGGAAUGAGAAGCCGAAAGUGUCUGUGUCGUGUCCCUAUCCUGGGCAGGCUUGUUGA